UGAACCCAUCAUCUCCCAACCUGCACCUUCGGCCAGUGAAAUAAGCACAGCAUAAUGGUAACGAGGAUACCAUACGGCCAGCUCCUAAAGCUGGCUCAGCGCCACGGGUAUGGGUCCAGCCUCGCGACUAAAUACUUCCAGCCGAAACCGUCGAUCUUAGCCGUACAAAGUCGCCAGCUCCAGCCCUUGUCAACAUCUCCGACCCCCCGGCAGGAACCGAGACACCCACCCGUUCCCCUAAACCCAUCAGAGCCAACCACCGUUCAAGCAGAGCCUGCCGAUCCAGAACAGACAUCGACAGCACCACCACCAUCACCAAAGACGAAACCCCGCCUCGCGCCGCGCCUCAUCCUCGCCCUAGCCUUCACCCUGCUGGGCGCAACGCUCGGCUCAUCCGCCCGCCUGCUCCUCAACCCGCCCACCCCUCCGACACCGGGCAGCGAGGAAGACACCUACACGACCCGCGUCCUGCACGAGCAGGCCUCCAAGCUGCCCAUCGUGCAGCAGCUUUCCUCGGACGCCGCAACGUGGGAGGAGAGCUGGGCCGCGUACGAGUCGCUCUCGCCGGAGCACCGGGCGCAGCACAUCAGCGCGGGCGCGCUGGGCGGGUCGCGGGGCGUGGGCGGGUACCAGCGGGUGUGGCGCAACAGGACCACGGGCGAGCUGGUGAGCGUCAUCUACUUUGGCGCCGCGACGGCGGGCUGGCCCGGGGUGGUGCACGGCGGGUGUCUGGCGACCAUCCUCGACGAGAGCUGCGGGCGGGCCGCCUUCCGGGAGUGGGGCGGCCGCGGGGGCGUGACGGCCAGCUUGGGCCUCGAGUACAAGAAUGUCACGCUCGCGAAUGGGUUCUACGUCGUGCGGGUCCGGGUCCGGCCCGAGGAGGAGCUGCCCGAGAAGGAGAGGGGCAAGAGGCAUUACAAGUGCUUCGUGGAUGCUACUGUUGAGGACGCGGUGACUGGGGCGAUAACCGUUGUCGCGGAGGCGCUGUUUGUGGGUGGCCAGGGGAAGAACGGAAAGAACAAGAUUGGCGGAGUGUUGCGUAAGAAUCCGCAGGACGCGCAUCUCCGGUUUUGAGUCACGAAGUGUCUCUGAGUAGAAGAUGGUGCUGCGAGGUGGGAUGUUAGAUUUAGACACUUACCACCGGGUCGGCGUCGGCGAGCUGAUUACUUCUGUUUGUUGAUACCAUAUCUACGAGAUGGGGCAAUGGUUUAAUACCCUCUCAGGGCGACCAGGUAUAACCAUUGAUAGCAGGCUCCGCAUUCCUGUACCUCAGUGACGUCUCACCUUGGUUGGCUGACUACCUACCUGUUGCCUAGUGAUGAAGGAAGCAGGAAUCCUUAAACUAGGGUUUUCUUGUCAUGGCUUAUAAACAGGGGACGGGUGGCGAAGAAGCCA